AUGGCAUCGAACACAUCUUCAGAAGAAAAUGCUUCUGGCAAAACGUUUCGUGACUUGGGGCUGAAUAAUUGGAUUGUAAAACAAUGUGAAAUCGUGGGGAUAUCCAAACCCUCCCCAAUUCAAUUGAACUGUAUACCAAAAAUUUUAGAAGGAUCAGAUUGCAUAGGAUGUGCCAAGACCGGCAGUGGGAAGACAGCAGCCUUCGUCCUGCCCAUGUUACAUCUCUUGUCUGAGGACCCCUAUGGAAUAUUUGCUCUCAUCAUCACACCAACCAGAGAAUUGGCUCAUCAGAUUGGUGAACACUUUAAAGUGUUAGGCAAGCCAUUGGGUCUCAAAUACUCAAUCAUCAUUGGAGGAGCAGAUAUAAUAGAGCAGGGUAUAGAGUUGUCCAACAAACCUCAUAUUGUCAUUGCUACACCAGGAAGACUGGCUGACCACAUUGAACAUGGCACUGAUUUCAGUUUAAAGAAAAUCAGAUUUUUGGUGCUUGACGAAGCAGAUCGCCUUCUUGAAGAUAAGUUUGGUGACCAGUUGCAAACGAUAUUUUCAGUCCUACCCGAGAAACGACAAACCCUACUCUUCAGUGCCACCCUGACUGACACACUGCAACAGUUGGAACACAUUUCCAACAACAAGCCAUUUGUAUGGGUCUCAAGCGAUGCAGUGGCCACAGUGGAUACGUUGUCGCAACAGUAUGUCCUGUGUCCCGCUGACAUCAAGGAUGCCUUCCUGGUUCACAUCAUCGAUGUCUUCAAGAACAAACGUCCUAACUCAUCUGUCAUGAUAUUCGUCAACACAUGCAAGUACUGUCAAAUAUUGGCAAUGGUGCUUGUCGAGCUGGACUUUGAAUGUGUGGCCUUGCACUCGAUGCUUCAGCAAAAAAUGAGGAUUGCUGCUCUAAACAAGUUCAAGUCAAGUCAAGUUAAAAUACUGGUGGCCACUGAUGUUGCAAGCAGAGGUCUGGACAUUCCCACAGUCGACCUGGUAAUCAACCACAACGUGCCAACUCGUCCCAAGGACUACAUCCACAGAGUAGGCAGGACAGCAAGAGCCGGUGAAGGAGGAAUGGCUGUAACGUUGGUGACGCCAUUUGAUGCGAAGUUGUUAGUUGCCAUUGAGGAUCACAUAGGUACAAAGUUGACAAAACAUGAUGUCGAUGAAAAGGAAGUUGCAAAAAUUGCUCUCGAGGUCAACGUCCUUAGGAGUAAAUCUGAAAUAAAAUUAGAAGAAUCAAACUUUGGGGAGAAGAGAGAAAUAAACAAACGUAAAAAGGAAAUAUUGAAACAGGUUUCUUCAACAUCUUAA